AAAAGCCACGCACGCACGCACGCGGGGGGCUCAGCGCUUGUCCUGCGCGGCGCACGGAAACCCACCUCCAUCCGCCGCAGCACCGCACCCGCGUGCGUCGGCUGCUUGCUUUGCUGCCCGCCCCCGCCGACACCGAGCGCCGCCACUCCCACCGCAGCCAUGGCGGCCCCGCCCCGCGCCACCGCGGUCCUCGCGUGGGGUUCCGGGGAGGACGGACAGCUGGGCAUGGGAGGGAACGAGGAGAAGGACUGGGCCCACUGCGUGGAGGCGCUGGCCCCCUACGCCGUCACCGCCGUCGUCGCCGGCAGCCGCAACUCCCUCGCCAUCUGCGACGACGGCCGCCUCUUCACUUGGGGGUGGAACCAGCGCGGCACGCUCGGGCACCCGCCGGAGACCAAGACGGAGAGCUCCCCGGGCCCCGUCAACGACCUCGCGGGUGUCAAGAUCGUCCAGGCGGCGAUUGGCGGGUGGCAUUGCCUCGCAGUUGACGACAAGGGGCGCGCCUACGCCUGGGGGGGGAACGAGUACGGGCAGUGCGGUGAGGAGCCCCAGAGGACGGAGGACGGGACGAGGGCGCUCUGGAGGGACAUCCCGACCCCAAGGCGCUGCGCGCCCAAGCUCAAAGUCCGGCAAGUAGCUGCUGGAGGGACACAUUCAGUGGUUUUGACUCAAGAAGGUCACGUCUGGUCAUGGGGACAGCCAUGGCCUCCUGGCGAUAUCAAGCAAAUAUCUAAACCAGUACGUGUGCAAGGGCUUGAGAAAGUGAGGGUCAUUGCUGUAGGUGCAUUCCAUAAUUUGGCACUAACAGAGGAUGGAAUUUUGUGGGCAUGGGGUAGUAAUGAGUAUGGUCAGCUGGGGACUGGAGAUACCCAACCAAGAUCACAGCCGAUACGUGUCGAAGGACUAUCUGAUCUCUCACUGGUUGACAUUGCUGCUGGAGGCUGGCAUUCAACUGCACUAACUAUAGAGGGAGAGGUGUAUGCUUGGGGGAGAGGAGAGCAUGGGAGGCUUGGAUUUGGAGAUGAUAAGAGUAGUCGCAUGGUGCCCCUAAAGGUUGAGCUCCUCGCUGGAGAAAAUAUUGUUCAGGUGUCAUGUGGAGGAACACAUUCAGUUGCGCUAACUCAAGAUGGCCGGAUGUUUUCUUAUGGGAGGGGCGACCAUGGCCGUCUGGGCUACGGCAGGAAGGUGACGACGGGGCACCCCAUGGAAGUGCCCAUCGACCUGCCGCCGCCCAAGAGCAGCAGCAACCCCGACGGGCAGUGGCAGGCCAAGUACGUGGCUUGUGGCGGGCGGCACACCCUGGCUAUCGCGGAGUGGACAGAGCCCACCGACUGAUCACGGAGUGCUUGACUUCCUGAAUGAAUACUGAUAUGCGUGCAAAUCUGAGGCUGAGAAGCCUACUAUACAAUUAUUAUAUAUAGUGUUCGUGGAAUAAGCAUAAGUUGUGCAACAUUAGGCAUCAUAAAAUUUUCUGUAUGAGCUUAUUUAAUUUGGCAAGGAACAAAUUAAAAUAGUCGGGAAGAGAACUUUGUGCAGAGAUAGUAGAUGAGAGACGUUCAGUAUUUCAGCAAUAUUUUCCCAUGGACAAAUUUGUGCUGUA